GCGCGGUCUGUCUUCGUUUUCCUCACUGUGUGGGUUACACAAUUUAGCUGUUAACAAAAUGUAAUGGCGACGUCGAGAGAAACAAACACGUCGUUGUGACUUAAUGUUUCUGGUCAGAAGAUACAGUUUAUGAUUUAUGUGGUCCUGAGCUCCCCCGGUGACUGUUGUCAUCAUGUCCCAGACCAACACUUCUCUCCUGGACGAGGUGGUGCAGUGGAGUCAGGAAACCUGUCGCCAGAAGCUCAAGUCUGUCCUGCCCAAACUCACCUCUUUGCAUAAUAACUCUGAGAGCUGGGAUGAUCAUAUACGUAUACUGAAGAUCAUUACAGACAUGUUCCUCCCUCAUAUUGGUUUGUCUGAACUGGAAGAUGAGUGCUUCUCUAAGAUCUUACCAAAGGCGGUGACAAUGUUUGACAGCAUGAUGAAAGAAAUCUUGGACCAGGUUGGAGGGCUGUCCAGUCAAAACACCGAACUGUGUGCCUUACUAAGGAACAUUCUGCAGGCAAUGAUGCAGAUAAUUGAUGCAUUGUCCACUUGUGUGCGUCACAUUGGCAGAUUUGAGGAAGCCCCUGACUUAGAUGCCAUCCGUUCAUUACCAACUUGUAUCCUGAAAGUCCUGAGGGAAACCUUUCAGCACUGCAGGGAGAGUGAAGUAGUUUACUGUGGCCGAUUGUCCCUGGUGGCUGAUCUGCUGCAGGGACUCUUCAAGGAGGCCUACUCCCUUCAGAAGGGUCUGUUGGAGCUGCUGGACGGGAUCUCCCUGGACAGCAGUGCCUCAGAGGAAGAGGUCUCUGACAUCGUAACAGUGAUUCACAACCUGCUGGAUAUCUGCUCUAUUAUCUCCAACCUGGACAUAGCACUGCAUGCUAACACAUGGAAAUUCCUCAUCAAACAGAGUUUAAAGUACCAUGCACUGGUGGAGGAACAUCUACAUCACAGUGACAUCAGCAACAGCCUGUGUGACAACUUGUUGACCUCCUUCCACAACUGUGUGGAGCUGGCUGAACAGAUUAAAAAUGCUGGUCUGCAGGAGGCAACACAAAGCCCAGAAUACAAGCUGUUCCAGAAAACUGCAAAGAUGUGCAGAUUUUUUGCCAACACUUUGGUUCAUUACAUAAAGGAAUUCAAAUGUUUUCUGACAAAGUAUUGUAGCUGCUUUCACAAACUCUACCUCCAAGUCGUCAGUAAGUUCCCUCCCAGUUUGUGUGCUCCGACACUGCCCUCGGCUCUGUCCGGGGAGCUGAAUGCAGCAGCUCUGGUUCCCAUGGAUGCCCUUCUGCUACAGCUGUUGCCUUAAAGAGCCUUUGCUGAAGUUGUUCUCCAGCAGGACCUGCGGUUAAGUCCUGAACACGAGCUUCCUCAGUGUCUUCUGCUGAUGAGCGUUCUGGGUCAGCUGACCUCCCAACCAGAGGAGGUGCUGCAGCUUUGGUACACAGGCAGCCAGUUUUCAGAGGACACACCCAGACUUCCUCUCUACCAGGCCUUGUUCACUAGUUUCAGGCGAUGCUGUACCGAGCGUCGGAUGCCAGUGCUGUUGCCAGGGGUGAUGAUGAAGGGUCAGGCACAGGUCCAGGUCACUCUACACAACCACAUCUGCGUGCAGCUCUGUGCCAGUGUGGCUGCGCUUCCCGCAGUGUACUUCCCUGUGCUGGAGCGUUGUUUGGUCAACGCUGUGCUGCAGGCUGAUACUCAGUCCGCUCUGCUGGCAACAGAUGUGUGGUGCUUUACAGCACGGUAUGGGACAGCAGAACUUUGUCUACAUCAUGUCCUCCUCGUUGCUCAACUGGUGAAAGCCUGCACCACUGAGUGUUACCAGUUGGUCCACCUGGGCCUGCUGCUCAGACGCAUGGUUUUCCUCAUGACGCCGAACCACCAGAUGGAGCUGGUGGCGCGUUUCCCCCCCUCUGAUGUGGAAAACCUUGCAGUGUGGCGACAUGUUCUCCUCAGAGCUCUGUCACAUGAUGCCCGUCGUGGUGUAGAGACAGACAUCAUCAGCCUUACUCAAAGAGCUCUGACCGACUGGCAGAAUGGAGGGUACAAACUGGGUCAAGUGGGCAAAGUGAACACGGUGCUGUUAUCCCUCCUAGCGGUGGUUCGAGUGCAAUCAUCUCCUGAGGAGCAGUGCACGUUGUCUGCAAUGAGGAUAGUCACACAGCUCUGGUUACGAAUGAGUGCAGACCAGGUGCAGACCCACCCUGUGCUCCAGUGUACUCUGCAGCUGCUCUUGUCAAUAUCAGCCAUUUUAGUGAAAAACAUUGAGCCUCAAGUCAUUUGUCAGGCUUUGUUGUGCGUGGAAACUGUGGUGUCUCAGAAGUGUGCAGAUCAGCUGCUGCUGGCUGCUCUGGAGUUCCUCUCCUCUCUCGGGAAGGUCUUUGUCCCACCUGACAACCAGAAUCAAAUUCUGCCGAGGCUGAGCAGCCUGUUUGGAGUCCUGCUGGCUGACAGAUCCUGGCUGCUGCAUCAGCACGCCCUGGAGGCCUUCUCUCAGUUUGCAGAGAUUACAAACCAUGAAGAGGUCAUUUCCCAGAGUCUGACUGUAGAAGAGACCAAGACCAAAGUGGUGAACUAUCUCAGCAAGACUGUUAACGGACAGGAAGAUGUGGAGUCACGGCUACAGAGGCUCAAGCUGGAGACGGCAGCUAUUGAGCAACACAAUGAGAGGCUGGAGAACAACAAAGAAAAUUCUUUGAACAAACUGGCUGCCGAAGCUGUUGCAAAUUCAGAGCCCUGUCCAAAGAGAGCUCGGCAGGAGACCAGUGCAGAGGAGGAGUACAGCCGCUACAUCCAGACAGCUGAGAGUGCUUUAAAAGCCCUUCAGGCUCUCACUGAAGGUAAAGCCAACACAACUGCACCACCUCCACAGUGGCUGGAAUCCAGACUACAGGAGCUCCAGACCCUCAUAAGCCACAUCAGUACAGCCAGACACACAACAUAGCCACUUUCUAGGCCCAGAUUUAUUUACUCCAUGUACAGAACAACUAUUCAACCAAGGUCUGGGCCUGUGGACGUCUGUGUACCCUUCGCUACUGCCGAACAGUCUCUCUUCAGUUUUUAUACCUGUCUGUGGUCAGUUUUGAUUGAUGUUAUUGUUUAUUAAACUUGUUUGAAUACACAGCAUUUUUCUUUUCUUUUUUUAAUUUAAUACUACCUUAGUUAUCAAAAUUGUGCUAUAACAAAUUCCUGUAGAGUACUCAUAAUAGCUAGAGGAUUUUUCUGUUGGCCUGUUUCAUGAGAGUCCAAGUUAAAGACUUAAACACUUCAUCCACAAAAUGACCAUUUGCUUCCAUAAGACAUGCAUCCUUGCUAAAAGAUCUUAGUAUUGGCGUCUGACUUUGAAUAGAGCAUGGAUGUUUUGAGUAGUUGUACUGGUUUUAACACGGUCCCCAAUAAAUCAGUGUUUACCAUCUUCUGUGGAGGCACGCGAGAACGUUUCCUUCACAAAUUCAAGGUCAUUCUGUGGGUGAAGUUUUCCUUUAAGAACUUGCUGUCAGCAGCUGUAAACAAUUGCAAUUAACUCAAAAGAUAAAUCUAACAAAUGUCUUACAAAACAAAACAGGGUCAUAUUUGAUACAGUAAAAUCUUUACUUCACCAGCAACCAAAAAGCUAAUAAAUUACGUAAUUUCUAUUUCACAUUCAUUCAAAGUGCAAGCCUUCUGUAAAUCAAACCCGACACAUUUUGGACAAGUUGUGUCUUGCCAAAAAGUAAAUCUUGAUCUUCAUGCCAGUUGUGAAGUUGGCACAUUAAAAAAAAAAAGAGAGAGAGAGAGAAGCAGAUGAAAACAAGAUGACCUUCACCUC